GAGAGGGAGAAGGGUGCUGGUAAGGGGCGGGAGGACGGCAGCUGAGGGAGGCACAGGCCUCAGCUGGAAGGAGGGAGCAGAAGGGCGGGGCGAGAGGCCCGACCGAGGACAGACUCCAAGUCUGACUUCUUCAGCGACUCUCGGUGGUUUGUCCCUCCUGCUCUGAGCCAGGCGGCUGGCAGUCAUGUCGCUCCUCCUGUUAGUGGUCUCUGCCCUCCACAUCCUCAUUCUCGUCUUGCUUUUUGUGGCCACUUUGGACAAGUCCUGGUGGACUCUCCCAGAGAAGGAAUCCCUGAACCUGUGGUAUGACUGCACGUGGAACACCACAACCCAAACAUGGGCCUGCAGUAACGUCAGCGAGAAUGGCUGGCUGAAGGCAGUGCAGGUGCUCAUGGUGCUCUCUCUGAUCCUCUGCUGCCUGUCCUUCAUCCUCUUCAUGUUCCAGCUCUACACCAUGCGGAGAGGAGGGCUCUUCUAUGCCACUGGCCUCUGCCAGCUUUGCACCAGUGCAGCCGUGUUCUCUGGGGCACUGAUCUAUGCCAUCCAUCCUGAGGAGAUCCUGGAAAAGUACCCGCGUGGGGGCAGCUUCGGCUACUGCUUCGCCCUGGCCUGGGUGGCUUUCCCCCUCGCCCUGGUCAGCGGUAUCAUCUACAUCCACCUGCGGAAACGUGAAUGAAUGCUGUGUGUCUAGAGAAUAAAAUCUGUUUAACCACG